AUGAAGCUUAGAAAACAAAACAGAAUCCAAAAUAGUGUCUCUUCUGGAGAGAAUAAUAUAAAGAUUGAACUAGUCAAAAAAUGUCUGGGGAAAGGACAGUCAGUAAUGGUGAGGGGUGUUGAUCUGUUUAAGACAGGAUUUAAUGAUGAUUUGGAUAAUUCAAUGGUGAUAACAGGAGAAAAAAUCAUCUCCAAAGAAAAUGGGAGUAUUGAUUUUAAAAAAUUAGGUAAGUUAAUUAGAAGAUCUGUACUUGUUAAAUUCAAAGACACUUUAAGAAUUGUGGAGGGGCAAAUAACUGGUAUUACAGACUAUACAAUUCAAUUGAAGACAACAGACAUGGAAUCACAAUUUGAGAUUGGAAAUGAGUUUCUUAAUGAACUUAACAGGGAAAGAGUUAUUGUAGGUGAUAUAAUAAUGUUUUACAAAGAUUUUGGUAUUGUUAAAAAAUUGGGAAGAGGUGUUUCUUUGGAAGAGAAUACUCCUGAUACGGAGGUUGUUGAAAUACCAUCAAAUGAAUGUUUAAAAAAUGAAAGAAUGACUACUACGUUAACUCUUGAUGAAAUUGACAUUAUAAAUUCAGAAGUACUCGGACCUGAUUAUAUUCAUGCAAACGUAAAUGUAGGUGAUAAUAUAAAAUCAGAAGUUGAUCGUAAAAUUGUAAAUUGGUUGGAGCAAGGGCAGGUUGAAAGAAAAAGAAAAAUGAUUAUUUUUGAAAAUUUACCGUUUUCAUUAAUUAAACAAGUUGAUUCUUUUUUAAAAAAUAAUAAUAGUUGUGGUGUUUAUUUAGUAAAUGAGCAAAUCUCAAUUGAUGGAAUAAUUUUUAUAGAGCUAAUUGAGGAUGAUAAAACUUUGAUUUUGGAAGAAGUUUUUAAGAACAAUAAUAUUUCGCAAACUUCCAUUAACUUUAUUAAUCAAUUAUUACCUAAAAUAGACUUUAAUAUUUUACUAAAUUUAAUAGAUCUUACAAUCGAUGACAAAGGAUUUAAUGAGAAAACAUUUAAAGAAUUUUUAGACUUAUUAGUUUUUAACGAGAAUUAA